AUGUCCUCCCAAAUCCCCCUUCUUCCUCAUCUUCUCCUCCUCUCCUCCCUCACUCUACCUUUCCUCGGAAACACACAAAACAACAACCACCAAGAACAGGGCGUCCUUCUCAGCCUCAAAAGCCACUGGGGCGACCCCCCUUCCCUCACCCACUGGACCCCCUCUUCCGAUCACUGCACGUGGCCCGAGGUGAGGUGCGACCCGGCUGGCCGUUGGGUCACCGGCCUCUCCAUCAUCAACGCCAGCAUCACCAACACCCUCCCACCCUCCAUAUGCCACAUCAUCAACCUCACCCACCUGGAACUCCAGUGGAACUAUAUCCCCGGACCUUUCCCCACCGCCCUCAACAACUGCUCCAACCUCCACCACCUCGACCUCUCCCAAAACUACCUCGUCGGCCGAAUUCCCGACCGCCUCCCGCCUCGCCUCAGCUACCUCAACCUCGACGCCAACAACUUCACGGGGGACAUCCCCGGGGCCAUCGUGAGCCUCAAGGCCCUCGUCACCCUCCACUUGGCCGGGAACUUGUUCAACGGCUCUUUUCCGCCGGAAAUCGGAGACCUUCCGCAACUCCAGGAGCUCUCCUUGGGCUACAACUCCUUUACUCCACAACCGAUCCCCUCCGCUUUUGCUAACCUGAAAAAACUCAAGAAGCUGUGGAUGCCAGAGGCUAAUUUGAUUGGCGAAAUUCCCCAAGCCAUCGGGAACAUGUCCGCCCUUGAGUCUCUCGACCUGUCCGUAAACACCUUGCGUGGUUCUAUUCCGCAAGGAAUAUUCCUUCUCCAGAACUUGACUGAAUUGUAUCUUUACAAGAAUGAGUUGUCUGGUCCAAUUCCUCAAAGAAUCGAGUCUUUGAAAUUACAAAUCAUCGAUCUUUCAAACAAUACUUUGACAGGGUCAAUCCCAGACGGUUUUGGGAAUUUGUCUAGCUUGACCGGUUUGGCUUUGUUCUUCAACCGAUUAUCCGGUAAGGUACCGGUGAGCAUAGGCCAGUUGCCGGAGAUCGUGGAUGUUGGGCUAUUUAGCAACAAUCUGUCGGGUGAACUGCCGCCCGACUUUGGUCGGUACUCACCUCUAAAAACGUUUCAGGUUUCCUCAAACCACUUUUCGGGCCAAUUGCCCGAGCAUUUAUGUGCAAACAAAGCAUUGAUAGGGUUGAUAGCCUUUGAAAACGAGCUGAUGGGUCGAUUGCCCGAGUCCCUUGGCGACUGCAGCCCCUUGGAGAUUGUUCGGGUCCACGACAAUUUGCUUUCGGGUAGAAUCCCCGGUGGUUUAUGGACAUCUUCAAAUUUAACGACAUUGAUGCUUGGGCGCAACUUGUUUUCAGGCCAGCUUCCGGAUAGGGUGGGGCCUCAGCUAUCAUUGGUUGAGCUGAUGAACAACGAGUUCUCGGGUCCUAUUCCAAAUGGAAUUUCUUCUUGGGAGGGACUGACCGUCUUCCGUGCAAGCAACAACGAGUUGAGUGGUACAAUACCUCGAGAACUGACUGCUCUCUCUUUGGCAACCACCAUCUCCCUCGAUGGCAAUCGAUUUUCUGGCCCAUUACCCUCGGACAUAAUAUCGUGGAGAUCUCUCACGACUUUGGAUCUCAGCCGGAAUCAACUCUCAGGCGAAAUUCCGGAAGCAUUUGGGCUUCUGCCUGCCCUCAACUACCUGGACCUAUCGCAAAAUGCACUUUUUGGCCGCAUACCCCCUGAAAUGGGCCUCCUGAAGCUAUCCUCCCUCAACGUUUCAUCCAACAGGCUUUCUGGGAGAAUCCCGAGCGAGUAUGAAAAUGCGGCUUUUGACAGAAGCUUCUUGGGAAAUCCGGGACUCUGUUCAAGCGUGUCGGCAUUGCGCCUCGGCAAUUGCCAUGCAUCCAAAAUCGAGAAGUCGAAAAGGUUCUCUUCUCAUUUUAUAGCCAUAACCUCGAGUCUAGCAGCUUUGGCUUUCCUGGUGGCCAUUCUGUACGCAGUGUACGUGCGAAGGACUUAUAGAAAGAGAAACCAAAUAUCCAGCUCAACCUGGAAGCUGACUUCAUUUCAGAGGCUAAACUUCACAGAGACAAACAUCCUGUCGAGCUUGACAGACGACAACCAAAUCGGACGAGGAGGGUCUGGACAAGUUUACCGUGUCCCGAUUAAUUAUAGUCCGGGCAAGUACGUGGCCGUCAAGAGGAUUUGGGAAAGCGUGAGACCAAAUAAGAAGUUCGAUAAGGAAUUCCAUGCAGAAAUCCGGAUACUGGGGACCAUUCGCCACUCGAACAUUGUGAAACUCCUCUGUUGCAUCUCGAGCGAAGCCUGCAAGCUUCUCGUGUACGAAUACAUGGAGAAUCACAGUCUGGAUAGAUGGUUGCAUGGGAAAAGGAGACAACGGGUUGGGCCGGGCCCGACUCCGACUCCCCAGUAUAGUGCAGUCUUGGACUGGCCCAAGAGACUGCACAUUGCAAUUGGGGUCGCUCACGGGCUCUGCUACAUGCACCACCACUGCUCACCCCCAAUUAUCCACCGAGACGUGAAGUCAAGCAAUGUGCUGUUGGAUUCCAUGUUCAAUGCCAAGAUUGCUGAUUUCGGCUUGGCAAGAAUUUUGGUGAAACAAGGAGAGCCAAACACGAUGUCCAUUGUGGCUGGCUCUUUUGGCUACAUGGCUCCUGAGUACGCCCAGACGAGAAGAGUGAAUGAGAAGAUAGACGUGUAUGGCUUCGGUGUAAUUCUUCUGGAGUUGGUAACUGGACGGGAGGCCCACUCCGGAGAUGAGACGUUGUCUAUUGUUGACUGGACUUGGCGCCAUGUUCGUGAAGGCCGGCCCGUGGAGGAUGCAAUCGGUGAGGACAUACAGGGUACUGUUUACUUGGAGGAAAUAGCCACAGUGUUGAGGUUGGGUUUGAUGUGCACAAGCACAUUCCCUUCAAACAGGCCAGCCAUGAAUGACGUGUUGCAAAUCUUGCUCCGUUGUGGCCAAAGGCUGUUGAGUGAAAAGACGAAUACUGGGAACGAGCACGAUGUUGAUCCUCUUCUCCACAGCUCGUCUGAAAGUGGUGACAGUGUAUUCAGUUCUGUUUGA